AUGGAACUUGAAGAUGACCGCCCUAUUCAAGUCUCACCCGAAGAUAUUGAGGCCCUAAAUGGCCUGGUAUAUGAGCGAUCUCGUAUUGCGGACACGAAAACUGAUAUACUCCACUCCCCUCGCACUACUCCUCCAUUAGAUGCCAUAGCAAAAAUACUUUUAUCUCGAGCGACAGGGGAGACAACGGCGUGCGCUAUGCAAAUUGACAAACCGCGUAAUGAAAUCAUUUUAUCCAUUGCGUCAGACAAAUCGAUACCAAAAGAGACACUAGAUUAUUUGCAAGGUUUAUUCCACAAACUCCAAGGAGUGGCUGUUGCACAGCACAAACAUGACCUGCGGAUUCGGCAGAGGGAUGGCGUAUUUUUGGGCUAUCUCAUAAGAAUGCGGGAACAAAAUAAGCUUAAUACAUUACAGAAACGAAUCAGAAAUGUCUAUCACGCUGUCUAUAUGUUUACUUAUGACAAUUUUACUCAGAAAAUUCUCGAGCCACUGGAUACAGGCCAUAAUCUUUUCCAGGAGUUCUACAGUGCUACUCAGGAAGUUGUCAGUACCAAGGAAUACAAGUCGAGAGAUUCCUUGCUCACCAUAAGGGCCCUCCUACGGUGGAUAAUCGUCAAUGUCAUAGUCCAUGGGAAAGAGAUUCUCAAGAGGAAUCGGGUGUUGUCGCUGUUUCUCUGUGCUAUGAAGGUAAUGCGGAAUACCUUUAAAUUACUUGCUGGAGAUUAUGACAUGCGAUGUGAAUUAAAAUAUCUCCACGAAAUUUUAGGUUUCGAUAUAUAUUCGUAUAUCAUGGAUAUCGUUUCUAUAUCCGACGCCAUCCAGUCCUUAGUCGACAGUGCGAGAUACGUCCCUGAUCGUGGCAUGUUUUUCGGGGGAAAAACACUACGGGUGAACGACGUCCGAACCCUUGAGCGGCCCUUGAACAUACCAAGUUCAUCCGCUGGCUGGACCAUAAUCGUUCGAAAGAUGCUCCAAGCGCUGAAGGUCCCAAGGAGCAGGUCCAUGAGGCUUCACUAUUUUACCAGAGAAUGCGGUGAUAACAACGACCCCGAAAUCCGACAACGAGCCCAUCCAGAAUGCUCUAUUGUCCUCCACUUGCUCCUCCAGCGUAUCAGGAAUGGUGUCACUGAAACCUCGAGCCACCAAAAUUACCAAUAUUAUAUAACCCCCCUCCGGUUUAUUGGCACUAGUCACGGGGCUUGUAAUAUGUGCAAUUCGUUAUUUCAAAACUUGACACGGGUCAUUGGAGUUGUGUUCCGGGCGACCGUAACGCGGAAGGAAUCAUUUACAUGGAAGUUCCCUGUUGCAUUGGAGGAAGCAGAAAAGGAGGAAGAGGGAUUAGAGGGCGUGAUGUUAACUACAAGGGAGAAACGGUGUUUGGCCAGAAUGAAAGAGCGCAUUGCGACGGGAAUGUUUAGGUCGGCCGCGGGGCAUUAUUUAUGGUUAUCAUUCCCUGAGGUCGGAUGGGGGGACGCUUUAAGAUCGAGGAAGCGGAAGAGGGAGGAGGGAGAAAAGGAGGAAGAGGAAGAAGAAGAGGGGGAGAAGGGGGAGGGGGUAGAUCACGGACGGUGCAAAAGAAGUAGACUGGGAGAAUGA